AUGGAAGAAUUCUGGAAAGACAUCAAUCACGUUCCUCUCGUCACUGCCCAUUAUGUUCCUUCUUCUUCUUCUUCAUCUGCUUCUCCUCCUUCUUCUUCAGCCUCCAAGCUCCACGAAUUCUUCUCCCAACCCUUUCGCAUUGACUCGUCCUCGUCUUCUUCCACCAGCUUUGCUUCCUCUGCUUCGCUUUUCCCUUCCUCCUCCCACAAGAGGCUCUCUGCGUCCGACAGCGACCGGCGGAGCAAGCGUAUGAUCAAGAACCGCGAAUCUGCUGCUCGAUCUAGAGCUCGCAAGCAGGCUUACACGUACGAGUUGGAGCAAAAGCUCGCUCUCUUAAAGGAAGAGAAUGCCAUGCUCACAAAACAGCUUGAACAGCUGGAUGAAGCUCUUGCAACAAACAUACACAAGGUGAAGAAGCCGCCGUGUCGAACAUUGACGGCUCCAUUUUAAGAAGUCUUUCAAGUUCCACCCUUUCGUUUUCUUUUUCAAACAAAUCCGAAUGUGUCUGAGAGUGGAUUCUCUCCCGCCAUGCAUGUUUUUGUAGCCUUUUUGUUUAGCCAAGUAUCAUC